ACAUUUAGAUCAGAGCAGCAUCUGCUGGCGCAGUUGAAGCUAUGGUGUCAAUGAGAGUUACAGUGAUGGCGGUGACACUUGUUACUCUUUGUGUCCUGGUUACAAACACACAUGCAGGUUAUGUUUUUUGCUGUCGAAGAUACUUGCCGGGAAGACUCCCAUUUUCAGAGAUAAAGGCAUUCUCAGUGCAGAGGAAAACUCCCUUUUGUCCCAUCAACGCCAUCAUUUUCCACACAAGAAAAGACAAAAGAUGUGUUGACCCCGAACUUGAAUGGGUGAAGGACUACGUCAGCCAAAUAGCAACUUUGGCAAAGAAAAUUCCAGUCCAGACUAAGAAAAUUCCAGUCCAGAUGGCAGGACUCCCACCAGAUCACACUGCCACAGUCUCUGCCAUUGCCACUGCCACAGAAAAGCAAAACCAGUAUGUAACAGAGAAAGUUCAUCAGAUGGCCAAACCCCAGCAAGAGAACAGCCUUCCCUCAGUCUCCGACAAAAUCAUCGAAGAUGGGCCGCUACCCAUGACAUUGUGUAAAUGGUAGAAAAUUAAGUAACAUUUAUCUUUUCAAGACAAAAUUGAUAUUGUAUUUUAUUUUUUUUCCUUUUUCCUUUCAUAUUCUCCCUUACAACUAUAUUCUUGUUGUAGAAUAUUAACAUUACCACAAAUAAAAAAAAAAUUUAUGCGUUUUUAAAUGCACUUUUAAGGUUUUAUUUCUGUAUGCAGUACCCAGUGCAACCCAGCAUUUCUUU